AUGCAGAUCGUCCUCAUCGCUGCUGCUUUCGUCAUUGGUGCCGAGUCAAGCCCAUCAGCGGUAGCUGCACCAUUGGUGGCGCCGGCUCAACUGGGAUACGCACACGCCGUGCCUCAGAACAUACCACCAUAUGCGUCACAAAUAAGCGUCGUCAACAGGGCUGUCAGCCCGUAUUACGCUGCACCAGUCGCCGCACCUUUAGCUGCUCCAGUCGCUGCACCUUUAGCCGCUCCAGUUGCCGCUCCCUACGGCGCCCCAGUCGCUGCACCUUUCGCCGCUGCCCCAUACGCCUCUGUUCUCCCUUCACCUUAUGCUGCUCCUUACGCUCUCCCUGUGGGAGCACCGGCUGCUUACGCAGCACCUUACCCCUAUGCUGCUGGUGCCCCUCUUAUCCGCACUGCCUUUGGCCUAACUCCAGCGUUUGUACGA